AUGGGAACUGACCAGGCCAGCGUCUACAUCGUCGGUUUAGGCCAUCACUAUCCACCAUAUAUCAAUGGAUUCGAGGAUAUCGAAGAAUAUUUAGCUAAAUUUUGCGAUACCAAAGCCCCUGCCGUAAGGAAACUCUUACAAGUCAACCAAAACACGGGAAUCAAAGGACGCCCCAAUAUUAUUUCUCGAGACGACCCUCUUUUCAACCGCUCGGAGCCUCCAACAAUCUCGGAGCUUGACAGCGUCUUUCGCACUCGAGCAGUCGACCUGGCCGUCAGGGCCUGCAAGAAGGCCAUUGCUGAGUGGAAAGGGAAAGUAUCACAGAUCACUCACACAGUGGCUGCAACAGGCACAAACGCUGGUAGCCCAGGAUACGACCUACUUGUCAAUGAACGCUUGGGCAUCCCUCCUGAGGCUCAGCGAAUGUUGCUGAGCGGUAUAGGGUGCGCAGGAGGUUUGGCUACUAUUCGCACGGCCGCUACCAUCGCCAAUGACGCCACGCUGAGGGGCCGCCCAGCCUGUGUCUUGGGAUUUACUUGUGAUGUAACCAGCACGAACAUCCGCUGCGAUCUGAAAAUGAUUUCAGAAAACCCCGAGGAAAUCAGGGCAUCGAUGGCAUUAUUCUCAGACGCUUCAGCUGCCUUUGUCAUUUGCAACUCACUAGGCCUCAAGGUCAACAAUAAUGCAGUAUACACAGUGCUUGACUGGGAAAACAGCGUGAUACCUGGGACACAAUCAGACGAAAAUUGCCUUAUAGACCCCCUAGGCUUUCGGUCGUUCAUGAGUCCAAACUUGCCGGUAAAAAUAAAGAGCGCCGUCAUUCCUCUUUUCGAAAGGUUGAUCGCUAGGAACGCAUGGCAACUUCCAAAAGAUGAACAGAAGCUGGCGGCAACAGAUUUUGACUGGAUAAUGCACCCAGCUGGUCUGGCUGUUUUGGAUGAAGUGAAAGAAAACUUAAACCUACAAGACGGACAGAUGAGAGCGUCAUUCGAUGUAUUUGAGAACAAAGGAAACUCGGCUGGUCCGACUGUGCUUAUUGUUCUCGAUAGGUUGAGGAAGAUGGGGGACAUGAGGGAAAACAUCGUUGCUUGCUCAUUUGGACCGGGAGUGUGUGUUGAGAUGACUGCCCUAAUCCCAUACAGAGGAUAA